CAAAUGGGCCCAUAUUAUUCUAGCCGUCUAAUAGGCCCAUAUUAUUCUAGCCGUCUAAUGGGUCCAUUUUAUUCUAGCCGCCAAAUGGGCCCAUAUUAUUCUAGCCGUCUAAUAGGCCCAUAUUAUUCUAGCCGUCUAAUGGGCCCAUAUUAUUCUAGCCGCCAAUUGGGCCCAUAUUAUUCUAGCCGUCUAAUAGACCUGUAUUAUUCUAGCCGUCUAAUAGGCCUAUAUUAUUCUAGCCUUCACAUAGGCCUAUAUUAUUCUAGCCGUCACAUAGGCCUGCAUGAUUCUAGCCAUCACAUAGGCCUGUAUUAUUCUAGCCGUCACAUUGGCCUACAUCGACCUUGUUAUGUAAGUCAUCAUGAGACUAUAUUAGUUGUUCAGAUAAAAAUAAAUUGUUCCAUGCCUAUCUCCAACAAUAAGGUUGCAUGCAUUAGUUGUAUAUUUAAUGUCAUUAAUUGUUCAAUGCCUAUCUCCAACAAUAAGGUUGCAUGCAUUGGUUGCAUGAUUAAUUUAACACCACUUGUUCAAUGUAUCUAGUUUAUAAUUAUCCAACAUUAACAUGUAAUAAAAAUUGAAA